AUGGCAUCGGUAGUCGAUCCCGCGUACGUCGCCCUUGCUACAGAAUACUAUUCUGAAGGGAUGGUAUCAGCAUACUGCACAGUCGCUGGAUGCGUGUUCUUUCUGUGGGAGGCCGUCCUUAACUUGGGCCGAGAAGUGGACCUGUUCUGGCAGCGACCAACCUCGGGUGCAAGCGUCCUCUACUUCGCAAACAAGUAUAUCUUUUUGCUUUACAGCAUUCUCAAUCUCGUUACAUUUGAUACGUCACUGACCAACAACUUGUAUGUAAUUUCAUCGUACAUGGUUUGGGGAACUUUUUCCUCCCUCCGCGCCCUCGCGUUGACUCGAAGUCUGAUACUUGCCGUUGGCAUCUUACUCCUCGCCCUUGUCCCUGUUGGGAUCAACGCAGUUCGUUAUGGGUUUGAUUUCAAUGCGGCCAACGAUCCGAUAUUGGGAUGCGUGUUCGGGAACACCCUUCCGUCAAAUCUGCCUCCGAUAUCUUCGUUGAUCACCGUGGACUUCACCUUGAUUGGGGUAACUUGGUGGAAGAUAUAUGCCCAAGCUCGUUGGUCGAAGGUUAUCUUGGCUCGCCCGACGCUUUCGACCGUCCUCCUCCGUGACGGCACGAUAUACUUCAUAAUUUUGUUGAUUAUGAACGCCCUCCAUAUGACUUUCACGCUCACUACCCUCUCCCAAGAGGGGACCAACAUCGUCAGCAACCUCGGCAUCUUCACCGACCCCGUCACGGCCGUGCUCGUCUCUCGCUUCCUCCUCAACCUGCAGGAGGUGAACCAGCGGUCCGCACACAUUUGCACCGACAGCCGUUUGCACGACGAACUCGAAGGAACGGACCCCCACGCACCAGGGAGCACGCUCAACUUUGUGCGCGUGGUGGGCUCGCUUUCCUCAUCUCUGGAACCUGAUGACGUCAUCGGGUUCGGCUCUGCCUCGUACGACGACACGGACACGGACGUCUCACGUGGUUUGAAGGAGGAUUGGAAGUGGAAGGAGCAGGGCUUAGCUACUUUGGCGGACAUCCAGUCGCCGACCGAGUCGGCCCUCCGUCCUCGCCUUUGCGCCAGUGGCAAGGCGUGUUGGUGGUGCACGUCUAUCCGCGAUCACAACGGCGAGCCUGCCGUCAAGAUCACCAGCACCAGCACCCCAGAUUCUGCCGCACACACACCCUCAGAGGACACCCUCGUCGCGAGCCUCCUGCCCACCCUCCUCUCGCUCGGCCUCCCAGACUCCCUCCCGCGCCCGCCGAAGUGGCCGGCCCCGCUGCUCCAGCCCGGCGAGACGGCCAAGUACAUCCACCCGCUCCGCGCGCGCGGCUGGGCGACCGACGUGCGCCUGCUCGUCGGGAAGACCGACAGCGCGGGGCGGCCCGCGUCCGCGCCCGCGCUCACGAAGCGCUUCCGCUUCGCGGACCGCACGCAGCUGCGCGCGUUCGUCGACGCGCUCGGCAGGCUCGAGGCCGAGGAGAACCACCACGUCGAGCGGGACGGCGCGGGGCCGCGGGGGGACCAGGACCACUUCGACGUCACGGUGUGCACGCACUAUGCGCGGCGGCCGCCGGCGUUUCGUGGGGAGCCGGCCAAGGACCGCAUGACCGCGGGGCUUACGAUGCGCGACGCGCGGUUUGCGAUCCUCUUGGAGGCUAUCGAGGCGCGGAUACUCGCGGGGUAG